AUGGCCAAGAUCGAGUCCGACGUCGUCAAGACGGUGAUGCACGAGUUCGUGUACCACAACAUCAAGAACUUGGGUUUCGACGAGUCGAACGUCCACGUGCACGCGUCCAACGGCGGUCACAGCGACGUCGUCGCCAUCGAGUGGGAGAUUGAAUUGGUCGAAAAGUAUCAAGCCGAGGAUACCGCCGGCUACUUCAACGACUUGUUCCAAAACGAGAACUGGCAUCAACACGUGACGCAAUGGAUGUCUUUCCAAGGCCAAGCAGCGGGCCUCCAAGCGGGGGAACUGUUGAAGAACUUGGACGAGUUCGAGUUAAUCCUUCCGGCGCACUUGGAUCAAAAGAAAAACACCGCCAUGGACAGCGCGUCGCACUCGGCGGAAGUCCAAGCCUUGAUUGAUAAAUGGCUCGAAAGCGAGAAGCCGGAAGCGAAUACGAUCACCUUGUUCGCCGGGUGCUCCCCGCUUUCGUCCUUGACGUUUCAACCGACUGACUUUGGCGCUCAAGUUGGCGCUUCUAUCAUCACCAAGUCUCUCAGCAAUGAUUUCAAAUUCGACUCCGCCGUUGAGAUGGAACAAACUGAGUGCGGUACUUUUAAGACCAAGAUCUUGCCGAACGCCGGCGAAGAGUUUGGCUUUUAUUUGUUCUGGAAAACCAACGUGACUGAAAUCGGCUCUGUUUCGGAUAUCGGUUGCGACGGUUCGGACACGAACACCUGUCCGCCGGGUGAUGUCAUCGCGUCCCUCGCUUCUUGCACCAACAGCGUCCAAAACCCGGGCUUUGUCUCGCACAACAGAGUUUUCGAUGGCAGCACGUUGAACUACAACUGGGGCACCUGCGACUCGACUUGCGACAAGAAGCCGGCUACGUGCGCGGCUUCUCUUGGCGGUCCGGUCAAAUACAAAUUGUCCUCGCACUCUCCGCUCGGUCUCAUGAAGACGAAGAUGUCGUCUUUUGCGUCGUCGCCGAUCGCCUUCAUCGGUGCCGCCGUCGUCGCCGUCGUCGCCGUCGUCGCCGCCUACAAGGCUAAGUUUGUCCGCUCGGGCGAGUCGUCCAUCGCCGCCGCCAAGAGCGUCCAAUACGGCGCCGUUCAUUAA